AUGGCCCAACAGUCUGGAUGGCAGAGCGAUCAGGUCAAUGCGACCAUGUGCAUGUGGCAACAACCAAGAGCUGCUGUCCUCAAGGAUACGGUCUACAUCGAUGGCGGGUACCUGGCCUGGAUUCCAGGCAUGGCUGAUGGCUCCUACGGUUCGGCAACCCAAGAUGACAACCCGCUGGGUAUCGUCUAUACUUUGAACUUCAGUAGGCCCUUCAACAUGAGCCAAAACAUCAGCGAUGUCUUCGGCCAGAAUCCCAAGGUCGUAGGUGCUGCGAGCAAUCUCGCCCCAAACUAUUUCGACGGAGCACUGCUCGCGAAUGAUCACCAGUUCUUCAUGUAUGGCGGCCUGCUGAGGCAAACUGACAAAUAUCCCGACCCGGACGCGAACGAGGUCAUGGAAUAUCAGCAAGAUAGCUAUGGCGUCGACAAGAAAGUCACACCAGGUUACAUCAGCACUGAUCUGCCUGACGAUCUAACCAGAUAUCUCGCCUUUGGGGGUGCUGCCAACGCCCCCUCAGAGAACAAGGCAUUCUACUUCUCCGGGCUUCGUGCCCCCGAAUGGGGUCCCGUAUAUUAUCCUAGCUACAACGACUCGCUGACAGCCAUCAACGUCUCCAACACCUUGAUCACACUCGACAUGGCUACGCAAAAUGAGGAGCAAUGGAGCAACCAGACCUUGCCCGACAGCAUCCCGGGGCGCGCGAAUCCAGAACUCGUUUGGGUCCCAGUCGGUGCACAAGGGAUUCUGGUUGCCAUUGGCGGUGUAAUCUACCCUGAAUUUGUCAGUUCUGCACACUUCUCGGAAAACCAGACUGGUAGUGAGAAUGUAAGCCCUUCGUUCAUGUCCAAUAUCGACAUAUACGACAUCGCAAGCGGAAAUUGGUACACACAGCCCACGGUUGGCGGGCCUUCGCAGCUUGCCAGAGGCUGUGUUGUCAUGCAACCAGCUCAAGAUUACUCAAGUUUCAACAUUUACUACUACGGUGGCUAUGACGGGCUUCAUCAUACCGAUGCGUCGGACUUCAAGGACGACGUCUGGAUCCUGUCACUGCCUUCCUUCAUGUGGAUGAAGGUCGCUUCCGGACGGGCUGGGUACGGGCGCGCAGGCCACAAAUGCUUCAUGCCGUACCCGGAUCAGAUGAUGGUGAUUGGAGGCUAUCCAGCGCAGGCCGGCACGACCACAACUUGCGUCAAUGGUGGCAUCAUCCAGUUGUUUAACCUGAGCUCGUCCAAGUGGAUAGACAGGUACGACCCAAGCCUCUGGUCUGACUACCACGUCCCGGAAAUGAUCUAUGCAAUGAUCGGCGGCGACGAGAAAGGCGGCGCGACCGAGAUCACACCUGGACCCACGGGCUGGGCUACUUCGGCGCUGGCAAGCGUCUUCGCAUCGUCAUAUCCUACCUCGAAGCUCACGACUUACUAUCCGUACGCCCCAGCUGCCACGAGCGGGUCAGGUCUGCCGACUUCCAGCGCCGAGUCUGGUGGCGGUGGCGUCCCAGGCUUUCUGCCCCCGCUUCUUGGUGUCAUCCUAGGUCUGAUUUUACUCACAUCUGUCGGCCUGGGCUUCUUGUUCUGGCGGCGCCGCAAGUACCUGAAGAAGAACGGUGGCAUGAGCGAGAUGACCGACGAGAAUGGCCACCGCAUCAUGUCCUGGAUCCGCGGCCAACCAACAGACACAAAGGCACCCACGGUCACUACCAGCGAUGACAUGCCUCAGAGCCCAGACCCAGAGCGCGCUGCGUUGUACGCCCCUCAUCCGCACCAGCAGCAGCUGCAACAGCAGCUCAUGCGCCAUGAGAUGGGCGACACUCAAGUCGCCGAGCUAAUGGACACCUCGCCCCGUGCGGAACUGUCAGACACGGCCCUGACGCCCGUGGACAUCAUCAGCAAACACACGCACUUCGGCUCAGCCGGCGGUGGGAGCAGCCCGCUGGGCAACCCGUCGUUCCAAUACUCGUCCAUAGCCGCGACAGACCACGCAAGCAUGGUAAGCAGCAACUCCGCCGCAGGAGGUGCCAUGCUUGCAGGGCCCUCCUCGAGGAACCCUCCCCCAGCACAGCCCUUCAACCCCGAGCAGCAGGUGCGCCCGGACUCACCUGCACUGCCAGCCACCUCCCCCUAUGACAGUGACCACACCCCCACCGCCGGGAAGCCCCUCCCAGCCCCCACCUCAAGCGGCAACAACGCCGCCGCGUCGGGGGAUCAGGAGUCUCCGCGGGGCGAAUCGGGGGUAUCGGCGUUUAGCGAGCGGGACCGAUCCCACCUGAGGAACAUCAGCGACCCGGCGACGGUCAGCACGAUGGACGGCACGCUCGUCGGCUCGCCGCGCCUGGGGCCGCAGCAGACGUCCCGCGUCGCGAGCCCGCCGAUCAUGGAGGAGGGCUCGCUCAACCCGCUCCGCAGCAACCCGGCGCCGGGCACGCCGCCGGCGGUGAUCAGCCCGCCGACGGCCGGCGAGGUCGACGCGGAGGACUACGUCAGCGCGAGGAGCGGCAGCGGGCCCGUGAGCCCGCUGAACCCCCCGCCCGGGCCCCAGGUUCCUCGGUCGAGUAAUAGUCCGGCGCCCAGUAGGAAAUCCAUCUUCCGGGAGUCGAUGGAGGACAUGGGAGGGUCGCACUGA